AUGGCUGGUACUGCUCCUGCGCGUCCUCCAACGGACCGAUACAAUUCGGUGGAGGACUAUCACAACCACGCCCAGGACUCCGGCAACACCCUCGGCCAUGGAGACCACGACAACGAGAAACAAACUUUCUCGCCCAACCGACAUGCUGACAUGACCCAGCUCAACGACGAUCUCGAACUCCUCCGCGCGGAGCAGUUCAUCUCCAACCAAGAACACGAGCUUGAACUACAACAGUCUCGGUCCCGCAACCGUGCCCACAACCCUAUACCCGAGGAUGCUUUUAACCACAUCGACUCGCCUCAUGGCCCAGAAAGAAAGAAGAACGAAGAAGCCACUCUCUACAGGCUCUGGAUAUUUUUGAAAAAGUUUCCUCGCUUCAUCCGCUACAUUGCCUACAUGCUGCCAGUAGCCGUCCUCCUGCUGCUGCCUGUCCUCCUUGGCGCCUUUGCUGUCGACAAAAGACGUCAUGCCGUCGGCGGGAAUGGAGGCGUUGAUCUGAUGUGGUUUGGCAUCUGGCUCGAGAUUGUAUGGUGCUCCCUCUGGGUAUCUCGCAUGGUGACCAAUCUGCUACCCCCCAUCAUGCAGGCUGCCUGCAAGAUGGGAGGCUCAACUACCCCGAAAAAGUGGAAGGAUGUAGGCUCCCAGCUGGAGCUACAUGCUGCCAUGUUUCUCUGGUUCCUGGCUAUUCUCAUUUCCUUCAAGCCCACCACUGCUCAAAAGCGCGUUGAACCCAUCGGCGGCAGUGACCAGGCCGACUCACAAAACUGGAUCGAUAUCGUCUACAAGGUCAUCAUUGCCCUCUUCGUCCUCUUCACCCUCAACUUUAUCGAGAAGAUCAUCAUUCAGUGGAUUGCCACCUCGUUCCACCAGCGCACCUACGCCACCCGCAUCGAAAACAACAAGGGCGACAUUCGACAGCUCGUGCAGCUGUUUGAGCAUGCCAAGAGUAAGCUUGAAGACACCGACACCUUUCUCAAGGACGAGAACGCGCGCGUUAGCGGCACACAAACGCCCAUGCGCAUAUUCCACGAAAAUGCCCGGAAUGUCCUCGGCAAGGUUGGCUAUGUCGCAGGCAAGGUCGGCAACGACUUGAUUGGCCGCAAGGUCAACGACAACCAGCCGCGUAAGGUUGUUACUGAAUUGCUGCGUAACACCACUUCUGCCUACACGCUGGCUCGCCUCAUAUAUCGCAGUCUGGUCCGCCCAGACCGAGACACGGUCCACAUGGAGGAUAUUCGGGAAGUCUUUGCCACCGACGAGGAAGCCGAUGCCGCCUUUAUGGUUUUUGACAAAGAUCUCAACGGCGAUAUUUCCGUUCAAGAGUUUGAGACUGUUUGUAACGAAAUUCACAUGGAGAAAAAGGCCAUUGCGGCAUCGCUGAAGGAUCUCGACUCUGUUAUCCAGAAACUAGAUAAGGUCUUUCUGUUCAUCAUUGUCAUCAUCUCCAUUAUCGUCUUCAUCUCCAUCCUUUCGGGCUCCGCCGCUGCAGGCCUUGCCUCCGCUAGUACCUCUGUUCUGGGCCUUGCAUGGGUGCUUCAGGCCACGGCCCAAGAAUUCCUCCAGUCUAUCAUUUUCGUCUUUGUCAAGCAUCCCUUUGAUGUUGGUGACCGCGUCACCAUUUACGGCUCUACUGGCGACAAAAUGACUGGUGACGACUACUAUGUCACCGAGAUCUCUCUCCUGUACACCGAGUUCAAGAAGAUGCAGGGUCACAUAGUGCAGGCUCCCAACUCUGUACUCAACAACCUGUUUAUCCUCAACCAGAGACGAUCCAACGGUCUCGCCGACCCCAUUCCUCUGGUUAUGCGGUUCGGUACUCCGGUUGACAAAAUUGACGAGCUCAAAGACCGCAUGCGCAAUUUUUGCCUCGAAAACAAGCGUGAUUACCAAGCUACAGUUAUUUCGGAAAUGGUUUCCAUCGAUCAACUGCGCUCAUGCACCAUGAACAUCAUUUUCUUCCACAAGACCAACUUCCAGAACGAACUGCUGCGACUCAACCGCCAUAACAGAUUUGUCACGGAGCUCAUGGCUCAGAUGCUUGAGGUCGGCAUCCAAGCUCCCAUGCGCAUUGAACCCGGUGGCAGCCGCGAUACCCCCAUGUACUGGUCCAGCAUGGCUGCACCCCCUGCCUAUGGCAAGGAACAGGAUGGCGAGAACAAUGGCAGCGACGACUAUCUUAAGCCGGCACCUGCGCCGUUGCGCAAAGGAUCCGUCCAGAGAACGCACAAUGUCCCUCGUGAAAUGACCAUCAUGGAGGAGGAGGCUGCGCUGACAAGCUUUGGGGACGUUUUUGAAAGCCGCCGCGACCAGACACUUGCGCGUAGAAUGACUUCUAUUCGAGAAAAAGAGAGAGCGGAAAAGGCGUCAGAGAACGCCGAGUCAGAACCUCGAGGGUCGACAACAUCAGCGGCGGUUCACAGGUCAUCAACAGAGUCGCACCGGGCACGGUUAUUUUCGCGUCCUCGACGCGAUACCACAACCAGUCGCCAUGAUAUCGAAAUUGUGUAG